AUGGCAAAGGAAAUAUCUGUUGCAAUACCAAUGGAGGAAGGCGAUCCACUUGGAGCAGUCCCCAAUGAUAAGCUUAUCAUUGUUAAAGUUCAACCCGGAACGCUUGCAGAGGGAAAUCUUAAGAUUGGCGACCAGGUAUUGAAAUUAAACAAUACAAUUGUUCAAAAUUGUGAUCACUUCUUUCAAUUACUUCGUUUUGCGCCACCAUGCGCAACUAUCACGUUAGUGAGAGAUGAAAAGAAAGCAGCUGAACUUGAAGCAAAAGUUCUUAUACCUCCCGAUCGAGCUAAAUUAAUUACGCGUCGUGAUGGAUACAUGUAUUUCGUAGCUCGACUUGAAUGGAAACCUGGUGGUCCAAAACUUGGUCUUGGUAUCAAACACUACCAGAAUCGUGUGCUUGUUUCUCGAUGUGAUCCAGGUUCACUAGCAUCACAACAACUUCAAGUUGGAGAUCAUCUGAUCGAUAUUGAUGGUCAUCCAGUCACUGAUAAGGAUGUUUGUCGUGAGCUUCUUCUCAAGAGUCUUCAGGCUAAUCGUUUCGUUACAACCGUUGUAGAACGUCCGGAAACAAUGGAAGCAAGACAUUGGGUACAAGGCGCACUUGCCGCUUCCGUCGCUCAAGCUCCGUCAGUUGCUAUGAAUAGCGAUGUACGCGCUAUUGCAGCUCGAGAGCGACAAAAAUUACAAAAAGCCAUUGUGCCAAAGAAAAGCUGUUUAAGAAGAAGCACUUCAAUGGGAAAACGAGUGAAUAUCGAUGAGGGUAAAGCAAUGGAAUUUAUAAUUGCUAGUGAUAACGAAGGCAAAAGUCUUCGUCAUGUUCGCAAAUAA